CCUAGCAUCUCUCCCUGCCACACCAACCAGUCCCUGAUCCGGUUCAAGAUGGCUCCUCUUCCCGAUUACUAUGCCGUCCUGGGCGUCUCUCCUACCGCUACGCCCUCCGAGGUUCGAGAGGCAUACAAGCGACAGUCCCUGCAAUGCCAUCCAGACCGAUUCCCCAAUGUGCCAGAGGCAGAGAAGCAGAGGCUCACAACAAAGUUCCAGUCGCUUGCUGAUGCAUACUACGUCCUGAGCAACGCAGAGAGACGCGAGGAGUAUGAUGGUCUACGGGGAUCACAAGGAUUCCAUGCCUUUGGCGAGGGAGAGGAAGAAAAGGAGCAACGGUCGACUGCCGGUACUUUCAACGAUGUCUUUGCCGAGCUGCUACGCCCAGAGGUACAAAGGGUAGUUCCGAUCUGGAAGUGGGUAGGCAGUGCAUCGGGAGCUGGUCUGGGCUUCAUCCUAGCGAACAUUCCCGGUGCCAUCGGAGGAGCCGUGGUGGGCAACCGGAUUGGAGCGAUUAGAGAUGCAAAGGGAAAGUCUGUGGGAGCCGUGUUUAUGAAUCUGUCAGCCGGCGACCGAGCUGCAGUGCUGAAAGCACUUGCGGUCAAGGUACUGGGUUCCCUCGGAUGAUUAGCAAUGGGACUAUCACUCGUUAGGAUAUGCCCUCCUCGGCCGGGCCAUUCUCCCCAGCCACCCCGCAAAGGCGGGCUAGAUACCCCCUUCUCCUCUGUCCUGGCCACGACCAUGCCUGUCUCAUAGUCUGAUUUUCACUUGUCAUUGUCAUGUCUGCCUGCUGCGAUGCCUGGGAUC